AAAUGGCUUAUCUUCGUACUAUUCUUCCGCUUUAUUACAACCCAGGCCUUUCACCAUGCAGCAGGUCUUUCUAGAUUUUUAUAGAUCAGAAACUGGACAACGAAUAGUUAUUUAUAUCAAGAAAUUAUACAAUAACUAUUCGGACUUCUGCUCUAUAAGGAACUUGAAAGAACUAAUGGAAAGGGGAAAUCACAUGGUACCUUCCCUUUUCAUUUGGAUUUUUCAAGAAUAUCAAGAAUAUCCUGAGUCAGCUGGACGUUUUUUCAGAAGGUUUAAUCUGAUUGCACUUAAUUUGAUGUAUAAUAAAACAUCAGAUUACCUUUUGGAUUGUGCAGCUGAUUUCUUACUUCCUAACUGGAUAUUCCUUAAAGACUGGAUGAAGGGUUACCAAAUAUUUUUAGAAAGCAUAGAUUAA